AUGACAAACUUAUUGGUGCCACUCUCCGACUCUCAUGAUGGAAACCAAUCAGAUCACCAGAAAAUACGGUUUUCCAAUGUGGUGGUCACAGGAACUAGGAACUAUUUUUCGGGUCGAAAAUGGCAAACAAUAGACAUCCAAGCGGCAUCAUGUUUGAAACUCCCCAAAUGGCUCGAGUACACGUUUGCUUAUUUUGGGGUCCUAGCAUGUCAGGGAGAUCCAAUAUUUUGGGUGAGCAUCCAUAGAUACCAUCACAAAUACGUGGAUUCAGAUAAUGAUACACAUUCACCAAUAAACGGGUUUUGGUUUAGUUAUGCUGGUUGGUUUUUCGACAAUGGUUACAUAGUUGAAAAGUAUCGAGAACGUAAAAAUGUGGAAGAUUUAAAAAGACAGACGUUCUACAGGUUUUUACAGAAAACAUAUGUGUGUCAUUCACUUGGAUGUGGUGUUCUCUUGUAUGCUUGGGGUGGAUUUGCGUACCUCGUCUGGGGCAUGGGUGUUAGGAUCGUAUGGGUUUACCACAUCACGUCCCUCGUGAAUUCCGUUGGUCAUAUUUGGGGAAACCAAGCUUGGAAUACCGGUGAUCUCUCAAAAAACAACUGGUGGUUAGGAGUGUUGUUGUUCGGAGAAGGAUGGCAUAACAAUCAUCAUGCAUUUGAGUAUUCAGCUCGAUAUGGAUUAGAGUGGUGGCAAAUCGAUGUUACUUGGUACGUGAUACGAUGUCUUGAAGCCGUCGGAUUAGCAACCAACAUCAAAGUGCCAACUGACGCAGAAAAAGUUAAAAAAUCAUUUGUCAUCUCUAAUAAUACAUUUUAA